UCAUCUUUGUCAGUGCACAAAAUGGCGCCUUAUAGCCUCCUGGUGACCCGGCUGCAGAAAGCCCUGGGUGUACGGCAGUACCAUGUGGCCUCAGUCCUGUGCCAACGGGCCAAGGUGGCCAUGAGCCACUUUGAGCCCAACGAGUACAUCCGCUAUGACCUGCUGGAGAAGAACAUUAAUAUUGUUCGGAAACGGCUGAACCGGCCGCUCACCCUCUCAGAGAAGAUAGUCUACGGCCACCUUGAUGACCCGGCCAACCAGGAGAUUGAGCGAGGCAAGACCUACCUCCGGCUGCGGCCGGACCGUGUGGCCAUGCAGGACGCCACCGCCCAGAUGGCCAUGCUGCAGUUCAUCAGCAGCGGGCUGCCCAAGGUGGCGGUGCCAUCCACCAUCCACUGUGACCACCUGAUCGAGGCCCAGCUUGGGGGCGAGAAAGACCUGCGGCGAGCCAAGGACAUAAACCAGGAAGUGUAUAAUUUCCUGGCAACGGCAGGUGCCAAGUAUGGUGUGGGUUUUUGGAGGCCUGGAUCAGGGAUCAUUCACCAGAUCAUUCUGGAAAACUAUGCGUACCCUGGCGUUCUUCUGAUCGGCACUGACUCCCACACCCCCAAUGGUGGAGGUCUUGGGGGCAUCUGCAUUGGGGUCGGGGGAGCCGAUGCUGUGGACGUCAUGGCUGGAAUCCCCUGGGAACUGAAGUGCCCCAAGGUGAUUGGUGUGAAGCUGACAGGCUCGCUCUCUGGCUGGACCUCCCCCAAAGAUGUGAUCCUGAAGGUGGCGGGCGUCCUGACGGUGAAAGGUGGCACGGGCGCCAUCGUGGAGUACCACGGGCCUGGCGUCGACUCCAUCUCCUGCACUGGCAUGGCGACAAUUUGCAACAUGGGCGCAGAAAUUGGGGCCACCACCUCAGUGUUCCCUUACAGCCACAGGAUGAAGAAAUACCUGAGCAAGACCGGCAGGGCAGACAUUGCCAACUUAGCCGAGGAAUUCAAGGAUCACUUGGUACCCGACCCUGGCUGCCAUUAUGACCAAGUGAUUGAAAUUAACCUCAAUGAGCUGAAACCACACAUCAACGGACCCUUCACCCCCGACCUGGCCCACCCGGUGGCAGAAGUGGGCAAAGUGGCCGAGAAGGAGGGGUGGCCCCUGGACAUCCGAGUGGGUCUGAUUGGCAGCUGCACCAACUCGAGUUACGAGGACAUGGGGCGCUCGGCAGCGGUGGCCAAGCAGGCACUGGCCCACGGGCUCAAGUGCAAGUCCCAGUUCACCAUCACGCCGGGCUCUGAGCAGAUCCGCGCCACCAUCGAACGGGACGGCUAUGCGCAGACCCUGCGGGAUGUGGGCGGCAUCGUCCUGGCUAACGCCUGCGGCCCCUGCAUUGGCCAGUGGGACAGAAAAGACAUCAAGAAGGGGGAGAAGAACACCAUCGUCACCUCCUACAACAGGAACUUCACAGGCCGGAACGACGCCAACCCCGAGACCCACGCCUUCGUCACUUCCCCCGAGAUUGUCACAGCGCUGGCCAUCGCGGGCACCCUCAAGUUCAACCCAGAGACGGACUUCCUGACAGGCAAGGAUGGCAAGAAGUUCAAGCUGGAGGCCCCGGAUGCAGACGAACUUCCCCGUGCGGAGUUUGACCCUGGGCAGGACACCUACCAGCACCCUCCCAAGGACAGCAGUGGACAGCGGGUGGACGUGAGCCCGACCAGCCAGCGUCUGCAGCUCUUGGAACCUUUCGACAAGUGGGACGGCAAAGACCUGGAGGACCUGCAGAUCCUCAUCAAGGUCAAAGGGAAAUGCACCACUGACCACAUCUCAGCAGCUGGCCCGUGGCUCAAGUUCCGUGGGCACCUGGACAACAUCUCCAACAACCUGCUCAUUGGUGCCAUCAACAUUGAAAAUGGCAAGGCCAACUCCGUGCGCAAUGCUGUCACCCAGGAAUUUGGCCCUGUCCCUGACACUGCCCGCUACUACAAGAAACACGGCAUCAGGUGGGUGGUCAUUGGAGACGAGAACUACGGUGAGGGUUCGAGCCGGGAGCACGCGGCCCUGGAGCCACGCCACCUGGGAGGCCGCGCCAUCAUCACCAAGAGCUUCGCCAGGAUCCACGAAACCAACCUGAAGAAGCAGGGCCUGCUGCCCCUCACCUUCGCCGACCCAGCUGACUACAACAAGAUCCACCCCGUGGACAAGCUGACCAUCCAGGGCCUGAAGGACUUUGCCCCUGGCAAGCCCCUCAAGUGUGUCAUCAAGCACCCCAACGGGACCCAGGAGACCAUUCUCUUGAACCACACCUUCAACGAGACCCAGAUCGAGUGGUUCCGGGCUGGCAGCGCACUCAACCGGAUGAAGGAGCUGCAGCACUGA